CAAAAAAUUUAUUUUGUGGUUGUUCUUUGUGUGGAUCUUUUGCAGGAUACAACUUAUUUCUUGUUGCUGCUCAUGAGCUGGGCCACUCACUAGGUCUCAGUCAUUCCAACGUUUUUGGUGCCUUGAUGUAUCCUGUAUAUAUGGCCACAGAUACGAGGAACUACCAACUUCAUCAGGAUGACAUUGAUGGCAUUCAAGCCCUCUAUGGACCCCCCAAAGAAUCUCCUGCACUUCCUACAGAAGCUUUACCCCCACAAGAACCAACUGAAAUGGUACCUGCAGAUGCACCAACUCCAAUGUCUCCCAGGGAAGAACCAACAGAAAUGACACCAUCCAAGCCACCCCAAAGACCAGACGACUGUGACCCUCAUCUGACUUUUGACGCUGUCACGACUCUCCGUGGAGAAACACUGUUCUUCAAGGAUGGCUUUGUCUGGCGCAAAAGUCCAUAUUUCUCAGAAAUUGAACAUGACACCAUCUUCUCCUUCUGGCCAUCACUGAUAGCUGGCUUUGAUGCUGCGUAUGAGGUUGACAAGAAGGACCGAGUGCUAUUUUUCAAAGAUGGCCAGUACUGGGCUGUCAGUGGCUACAGAAUAGAGCCAGGGUUCCCCAAGCCCAUCCAGAACCUGGGCUUCCCCAGCAGCAUCGGGAAAAUCGAUGCAGCCGUUCAUGACCAAAGUACCAAGAGAACCUAUUUCUUUGUUGGCAACAAGUACUGGAGUUUCAAUGAAAAUAAUCAAUCAAUGGAAAGAGGCUAUCCAAGAAAAAUAGCUGCUGACUUCCAAGGGAUCGGCCAUCCAAUUGAUGCUGCCCUUCAGAAAAAUGGAUAUUUCUACUUUUUCCAUGGAUCAAACCAGUAUGAGGUUGACAUCAAGAGGAAGAAACUCAUCCGUAUAAUGAAAAGCAACAGCUGGUUUAAUUGCUAG